AUAAGUUAUAACGAUGUUUUUCUAUAAAAAGCUUCCAGUUAGUGUUUCUUUCUUAGUUUUAAGUGAUUAGCCCGAGUGUGAAUAUAAUAUAAAAGUUUGAUAAAAUUAUUCGAUUUACAUUAUGCUAAGUAUUGAUUUCGACCUCACUGAGCAAUAUGCUCGCUUUCCAAAAGUCAAGGUUGAAGAUGUUCAGAAAAUAGUUGCAUGGGUGCACAAUCAACCACAUAUGCCAAACUUGAGUGAAGCUGAAGUUUUACUUUUCUAUUUUGCUUGCAAAUGCAGUACGGAGGUCACGAAGCAAGUGAUAGAUAAAAAUUUGACAUGGCACACUCACGUCGAAGAACUCUUCAGCGAUUUAAACGUUCAAAGUCCACAAUUUCAACGCGCUAUAAAUAUUUGUUCACUCGCUCCGUUACCAACAUUAACCCCAGAAGGAUAUCGCGUGCUUGUGUUCAAAUUCCUUGAUUGCGAUGUGUCUAACUUUAACCUUCCAGAUAUAAUAAAGGUAUAUAUACUGUUCACAGAUAUUUUCAUUCGAAAGGUUGGAUUACAGAAAGGCUAUAUCCUGAUAAUCGAUCAGAGUGGCUUCACGUUGGGACACUUAAGUCGGAUUAAUAUUAUGUUGUUGAAAAAAGCUUUUUAUUACUUCCAGGAAGCGCUACCUUUCCAAUUGAAAGCCUUUCAUUUCAUUAACGUUGUUACAUUUUUAGACAAAUUUUUAGCCCUGUGUACCCCGUUUAUGAAAAAGGAAUUAUUUGACAUUUUUCAUUUUCAUAACAAAUUAGAAGACCUUUUCCAAUAUGUUCCACUUGAUGUGUUACCCAAAGAUUAUGGUGGAUCAGAAGUUGAGAUAAAACAAAUACACGAAAGAUCGCGUCGUAUGAUAAUCAGCAAACAUCAAGAAAUCAUAGAAUACAAAAAAUUCUACCGCAUCGAUGAGAAGCAGCGCCCAGGUAAACCGAAAGAAGCUUCAGAUUUGUUUGGAACACAAGGAAAUUUCAAGAAAUUGGAAUUCGAUUGAUGC